CCUGCAUUCACGCCAAGAGAUCUCAGCUGAGAUGGCGUCGUCAGAAAAUGAGACUAUCUCUUUGGAUCAUAUCCAUCCAAAACCUGCAAAUCUUGGAGAACAACUCUCCAUUACGGGAAGCAGAGAUCUAUUGACAGCUGCCAAUCGUUCUUCUAGAUCCCGCCGAAGAGUUAUGGUCAUUCUUGUUGCUAUUGCAGUAGCAAUUUCUGCAAUCAUCGCGGCAGUGUUCAUUGGAAAAUACGUUUCGGAAUACCUUAGUGAUGAUAACAGGAAAGGCAUCGACGAGUGCAGCACUGGAAUCUAUGUGUGUGACAUAAAUGCGAACUGUACUAACACUGACGACUCUUAUAUCUGCGCCUGUAAGGAAGGAUACACCGGAGACGGGCAUUCAUGCCAAGAUGUCAAUGAGUGUAGCGAUGGCAACCAUGUUUGCGAUGUUAAUUCGAAUUGUAACAACACAAAUGGUUCUCAUAUUUGUGCCUGCAAAGAAGGAUACGCUGGAGAUGGACAGUCAUGUCAAGAUAUCGAUGAGUGCCUCAAUAGAAGCCAUGCUUGUGACGUGACUGCGAAUUGUACCAACACUGACGGCUCCCACAUCUGCACCUGUAAGGAAGGAUACACUGGGGACUCACACUCAUGCCAAGAUGUUAAUGAGUGUAGCGAUGGCAACCAUGUUUGCCAUGUUAAUUCGAACUGUAACAACACAGAUGGUUCUCACAUUUGUACUUGCAAGGAAGGAUACACUGGAGACGGACAGUCAUGUCAAGAUAUCGAUGAAUGCAGCAAUGGAAGCCAUGAUUGUGACGUGAAUGCGAAUUGUACCAACAUUAAUGGCUCCCAUAGCUGCACCUGUAAGGAAGGAUACACUGGAAAAGGAGAGUCAUGCCAAGAUAUUGAUGAGUGCCUCAAUAGAAGCCAUGCUUGUGACGUGACUGCGAAUUGUACCAACACUGACGGCUCCCACAUCUGCACCUGUAAGGAAGGAUACACUGGGGACGGACACUCAUGCCAAGAUGUCAAUGAGUGUAGCGAUGGCAACCAUGUUUGCCAUGUCAAUUCGAAUUGUAACAACACAGAUGGUUCUCACAUUUGUACUUGCAAGGAAGGAUACACUGGAGACGGACAGUCAUGUCAAGAUAUCGAUGAAUGUAGCAAUGGAAGCCAUGAUUGUGACGUGAAUGCGAAUUGUACCAACACUAAUGGCUCCCAUAGCUGUACCUGUAAGGAAGGAUACACUGGAAAAGGAGAGUCAUGCCAAGAUAUUGACGAGUGUAGAGGAAGUCACUCUUGUCACGUGAAUGCUACAUGCACGAACACCCUUGGAUCACAUGUAUGUCAAUGUCACGCUGGAUAUACUGGAAAUGGACAAAACUGCACAGAUAUUGAUGAAUGCCAAAAAAAUACUCACGAUUGUCACCUAAACGCUACUUGUCAAAACACAAAUGGAUCCUUUGUGUGCACCUGUGUAUUUGGAUUUAACGGAGAUGGACGGAACUGCACAG